AUGUGGCCUGUAGUUUUAUUGACUUUGUUCGCAUCAAGCGGCGUUUAUGCAGUUAAUGGCAAAUGCAGAAUCCUAGCUCUUGGAGGAGGCACAACAAGAGGAGCAUAUGAAGCAGGAGCUGUAAUUGGGCUUAUCAAUAAUCUUCCUGCAGGUGAAGCCCAAUAUGAUGCAGUUACAGGCAUUGGGACAGGUGCAGUCAACGCUCUUAUCAUGUCUCAAUAUGCCAUAGGGCAAGAAGCUUCAGCAGCAACUGCUCUUAGCAAAUUCUGGACUAAUUUCACCUACUCUCAAUUUUAUAAAGAUUGGGUAGGCUGGAUUAUUACUGGACUUAAAUACGAAUCAGGCCUCUAUGACAGCUCUCCAAUGAAAAAGACUUUAACAUCUCUCGCUUCUGGAAGCUUCCAACGAUGGCUCGGUGUUGGCUCCACUGAUCUUUUAUCCGGCUCCUACGUUUGGUUUAACUCAACUGGCCAAACCAAAACAGACUUGAUUACAGGAGUUUACGCAAGUGCUACCGAAUACGGCUUUUUCCCUAUAGUUCACUACAAAAACUUACAGCUUGUAACUGGCCAUAUUAAAUUCUCAAUCGAUAUUUUGCACGCUGUUAACUACUGCUAUCUCUCCAAAGGCAUUCAAAUGGCAGAUAUCAUAGUUGAUGCUGUAUUGCCAGCAGGAACUAACUUAACAGCUACUGAUACAAGCGAAUACAAAACUAUUCAAGUCACCGAAAGAACUGCUGAGAUUGCCGCUUUUGAUUUAUUUAUGCAGACUGUUGAAGAUGCAAAGGUCAGCUUCCCUGAUAUCACAAUAAGGACUCAGAUUUAUCCUUCAUCUAAGCCUCCUACAACCGUGUAUCCUUACGAUUACACUCCAGCUCAGCUUCAGUCAAUGCUGGCACUUGGCCAAAAAGAUGCAAAGAAUGCAGUGGCAGCUCUUUCAAGUCAAGAAAGCGAGUAA